AAAGGCGAGGGGGGAGCCGGAGGGGAGGCAGAGGAGGCGAGCGAGGCAUCAGCCCGCAGCCCGCCCCCGGCACAUCCUCAGCAGCGCAGACACUCGGCCGGCCGCUGGGCGAGGUGGAGGUGAGGGCGGGCGCCAGCGAACUCGGAGAGCCGCUCGUACACUCGCGGGCGAUCCCAGCCACCGCCGCCGCCGCCGCCGCCGCCGCACCCGCAGCAGCACCAGCAGCACCGGCAGCCGCCGCUUCCUGCCUCGCGCUCCCCUCGAGAGACUGGCCAAGCGGGUGUAGCCGCCGGGGGAGGCUCCCGCUUAAGGGAACCCGGCGAGGACGAGAGCCCGGAGGCUGGCUGCCUCCCACUCCGCCUGUCCAGCGGUCGGUGCCUCUGCCCGCGUGUGUGUCCCGGGUGCCGGGGGGAACCUGUGUCAGUUUGCGCCUCUGAGAUCACACAGCUGCCUAGGGGCUGUGUAAUGCCCAGGGCAAGUCUUGGCUUUGAUUUUUAUUAUUAUUACUAUUAUUUUACGCUUGGCUUUCGGGAACCCCUCGUGAUGUUGUAGGAUAAAGGAAAUGACACUUUGAGGAACUGGAGAGAACAUACACGCGUUUGGGUUUGAAGAGAAAAACCGGUCCCCCGCUUAUCCCAGCUUGCUCCCUUCUUUGCUGAUUCCAGAAGCUAUCUCCUAGUGAGGUGGGGAUUCCAGCAAGAAUUAAAGGUGAAGACAGACGGGCCACCAGGACCCAGGAGGGAAACGCUGGCCAUUAGAGACCUUUACAGAAGACACUACAAGGAAGAAAAUUAGAGAGAGGAAAAACACAAAGACAUAAUUAUACGAGAUUCCACAAGCCUAGCCCUGGAGAAAGCCUCUCUUUCAAAAAUGGAUAUGUUCCCUCUUACCUGGGUUUUCUUAGCUCUGUACUUUUCAGGACACAAAGUGAGAAGCCAACCAGACCCUCCCUGUGGAGGUCGGCUGAAUUCCAAGGAUGCCGGCUACAUCACCUCCCCGGGUUAUCCCCAGGACUACCCGUCCCACCAGAACUGUGAGUGGGUUGUGUACGCACCGGAACCCAACCAGAAGAUCGUCCUCAACUUCAACCCUCACUUCGAAAUCGAGAAACAUGAUUGCAAGUAUGACUUCAUUGAGAUUCGGGAUGGAGACAGUGAGUCCGCUGACCUCCUGGGCAAACACUGUGGGAACAUCGCACCGCCCACCAUCAUCUCCUCUGGCUCCAUGUUAUACAUCAAGUUCACAUCAGACUAUGCCCGGCAGGGGGCAGGUUUCUCCCUACGCUACGAGAUCUUCAAAACAGGCUCUGAAGAUUGUUCCAAGAACUUCACAAGCCCCAAUGGGACCAUUGAAUCUCCCGGGUUUCCAGAGAAGUAUCCACACAAUCUGGACUGCACCUUCACCAUCCUGGCCAAACCCAGGAUGGAGAUCAUCCUGCAGUUCCUGACCUUUGACCUGGAGCAUGACCCCCUACAAGUGGGGGAAGGAGACUGCAAAUAUGACUGGCUGGACAUCUGGGAUGGCAUUCCACACGUUGGCCCUCUGAUUGGCAAGUACUGUGGCACCAAAACACCCUCCAAGCUCCGCUCAUCCACGGGGAUCCUCUCCCUGACCUUUCACACGGACAUGGCAGUGGCCAAGGACGGCUUCUCCGCACGUUACUACCUGGUCCACCAAGAGCCACCUGAGAACUUCCAGUGCAACGUCCCUCUGGGAAUGGAGUCCGGCCGGAUUGCUAACGAGCAGAUCAGUGCCUCAUCCACCUUCUCUGAUGGGAGGUGGACGCCUCAACAGAGCCGGCUCCAUGGUGACGACAAUGGCUGGACCCCCAACUUGGAUUCCAACAAGGAGUAUCUCCAGGUGGACCUGCGCUUCCUCACCAUGCUCACAGCCAUUGCCACACAGGGAGCCAUUUCCAGGGAGACCCAGAAAGGCUACUACGUCAAGACGUACAAGCUGGAGGUCAGCACGAACGGGGAGGACUGGAUGGUCUACCGGCAUGGCAAAAACCACAAGGUAUUCCAAGCUAACAAUGAUGCGACUGAGGUGGUUCUAAAUAAACUCCACACACCACUGCUGACAAGGUUCAUCAGGAUCCGCCCACAGACGUGGCACUUGGGCAUCGCCCUUCGACUGGAGCUCUUUGGCUGUCGAGUCACAGAUGCACCCUGCUCCAACAUGCUGGGGAUGCUCUCAGGCCUCAUUGCUGAUACCCAGAUCUCUGCCUCCUCCACCCGAGAAUACCUCUGGAGCCCCAGUGCAGCCCGCCUGGUCAGCAGCCGUUCCGGCUGGUUCCCUCGGAACCCUCAAGCCCAGCCAGGUGAAGAGUGGCUUCAGGUGGACUUGGGGACGCCCAAGACAGUGAAAGGUGUCAUCAUCCAGGGAGCCCGUGGAGGGGACAGCAUCUCUGCCAUGGAAGCCAGGGCAUUUGUACGCAAGUUCAAAGUCUCCUACAGCCUAAACGGCAAGGACUGGGAAUACAUCCAGGAUCCCAGGACUCAGCAGCCAAAGCUGUUUGAAGGGAACAUGCACUAUGACACUCCCGACAUCCGAAGGUUCGAUCCAGUUCCAGCACAAUAUGUGCGGGUGUACCCAGAGAGAUGGUCACCAGCAGGCAUUGGGAUGAGGCUAGAGGUCCUGGGCUGUGACUGGACAGACUCAAAGCCCACAGUGGAGACACUGGGACCCACCGUAAAGAGUGAAGAGACUACCACCCCGUAUCCCAUGGAAGAGGAUGCCACAGAGUGUGGGGAAAACUGCAGCUUUGAGGACGACAAAGAUUUGCAACUCCCUUUGGGAUUCAACUGCAAUUUUGACUUCCCUGAAGAGCCCUGUGGUUGGAUGUACGACCAUGCCAAGUGGCUCCGAAGCACCUGGAUGGGAAGUGCCAGCCCCGAUGAUCGAACAUUUCCAGAUGACAAGAACUUCUUGAGACUACAGAGCGACGGCCGGCGAGAGGGCCAGUAUGGGCGACUCAUCAGCCCACCGGUGCACCUGCCCCGAAGUCCUGUGUGCAUGGAGUUCCAGUACCAAGCGACCGGCGGCCACGGGGUGGCACUGCAGGUGGUUCGGGAAGCUAGCCAGGAAAGCAAACUCCUCUGGGUCAUCCGCGAGGACCAGGGCAGCGAGUGGAAGCAUGGACGAAUUAUCCUGCCCAGCUAUGACAUGGAGUAUCAGAUUGUGUUCGAGGGUGUGAUCGGGAAAGGACGGUCGGGGGAGAUCGCCAUCGAUGACAUUCGGCUAAGCACUGAUGUCCCACUGGAGAACUGCAUGGAACCCAUCUCAGCUUUUACAGUGGACACCCCAGAAAUCCAUGGGGGAGAGGGAUAUGAAGAUGAAAUUGAUGAUGAGUAUGAGGAAGACUGGAACAACUCUUCUUCCCAUACCUCAGGAGCUGGUGGCCCCUCAUCCGGCAAAGAAAAGAGCUGGCUGUACACCCUGGACCCCAUCCUCAUCACCAUCAUCGCCAUGAGCUCGCUGGGCGUCCUGCUGGGGGCCACCUGCGCGGGCCUCCUCCUCUACUGCACCUGCUCCUACUCUGGCCUGAGUUCACGCAGUUGCACCACCCUGGAGAACUACAACUUCGAACUCUACGACGGCCUCAAGCACAAGGUCAAGAUGAACCAGCAGAAGUGCUGCUCGGAGGCGUGACAGGCUGCACCUGAACCGCUUCUGACGUUUCAUUCCAGUGAGAGGGGAUAGCGAAGAGUAUUUUCCACCACCACCACCACCCCCUUUGGAAACUGAAUGCCAUAAUCUCAACAAACCAAGCCAGAAUACUGGAAGUAUGGGCAGGACAGACAGGCUAGUCUAGGGGGAAAAAGUGAGAUGCAUCCACAAGGGGAAUUAUUGCCCACCAAGGACUGUGGUGGCCAAGUUAACGCAGGAACGGGGCCGUGUUCUCUGCUGGGACAGACAGGAGCGCAAUCUCUUUGGAGUCACAGUUCUAUUUCAUUUUGUGGGUUCGUUAUGAUUAUAGUUGUGUUGUUAUGCUUUAUCUUUUUGGUCUGUGAGCAACUCAAAGAGGCAGAAGAGAAUGGGUUAUCCAGUGGGGAAGUAGAGAGAAGACCGUGACUCCCUUCCUCUUUAAUCAACACUUGAAAAGCCGAGGGUCUUUCCAGCCCUUCCAUCUUGAGAAAUGAAACUUAAGAAACAAGAGCCACCCAGCUUAGCUUGCCCUCGGAUGGUCUCACAAUUCACGAGACUUGCCGGGGGUGUGUUCAGAUUCUGCCAGCCUACCCUAGGAGCUGCCGUUUUUUCAGUCCUAGCAUAUUACAGUAGGAUGUUAUUGCCUUUAACUUUUUUUAAUCCAGGGGAAGAUUGCCAUUUUAAGGUCAGCUUGAAAAAUUCUUUCUUACAUACAAUUUAAAAUAAACCAGAACAGAAACUUCAUACGCCAGAAUCCAUAGACACACCUCUAUGGUUAGACACAGACAAGCCUUAAAAUGCUUUGAUGACUGGGGGGGCCAUUCCUUAAUCUUGACCCAGAGUUUGUGGCUGUGGGGUGUCCCUUUGUGCGGCCUCUGCUGGUGGCUUUGCCUUUUCUUUUUCCUACUAUUUGUUCUUCUACAAAGUAUACAUAUACUCACAUAUGCACACAGCACGCACAUACACACACACACACACACACACAUGCAGGUCCCUAUUCUCUGUUCUCAGAGCAGGGUGGGAAGUCUGGUUGUUGGUUUCUUUCCUCCUGGCCACAGGUUCAAAAGAAGAGAGAGAAGGAAAAAAGCCCAGUGGGUGUUGGAAAGACUGAGCAAUGUGGACAGAGACAUUUUAUUGAUCGGUCUCCUUGACAGGUUAAUAACAUUGAUCUCCUGUGAGCAGGCUCCACCAUCCUUGCAGGGACGUGAGGUCAAGGACAUGCAUGAGUUGUUUCUACCCACAAGUCUGCAAGUGCUGUGGAUGAAGUAGUUCACCACACUGCUCCAACCUCAAGAAGACUUCAGUUCUUAUUCAUACACAUAUGUGCCAUGUAUACACACA